AGGAGAGGAAACAGGAAAGUUGUAUUUGUAAAUUCAGGGUCUGCACGCAAGGGAGACGUAAAACCUCGGGGGAACUCAGUAGCGAUAACACGCCAUUGAAGCUCCAAUUCGAAUUCUGUCACAUACCCUUUUCGCCUCUCAUAUCAAAGUUUCGUUCUUUUGGCCCCAAAUUGAAAUAUUCAGCUCAAAAUUUAAUCUUUGGCUGAUAAUAUAGCUAGAUAUUAUCUGCACAUGCGUGCCCUAUUUUAGUGUGCCAAUGGAGGGCAAAAACUUGGAUUCUCAGAAUCAGGUGCAAGUUGUAGAAAAUUUAUCUCCUAGGGUUUCUAGUUUCUCCCUUGGCGACCAGUUAUCCAAUUGCGAUUCUCCUCUGGCUUAUGAGGUGGAUGGUAAUAUGACGAAUCGUGUUCAUAAAGAGUAUUGUGAUUCUUUUUUCACUGAUAGCGCUGAAGGGAAUUGUAUAAAUUCUUCAAGAUUAUAUCCUGAAUUACCUCAAAAACAAUUGGAAAAACAUGACGAGGACAUGGAGUCUUCAGCUGAUCUGCAGAAGCGGGGAAGGUACUUCUAUUAUGAUAGUCCACUAGAUGAAGAUACUGGAGUUUGGAUACCAGUUUCAGUUCCACCAAUGUUGGAAGAUGAUCACAAAGAGUGGGCCAAAGGUUUUCACUCUAAUGGUGGCUAUUUUCCUGAUGAUGACAUGGGAUGGAAUCUAUAUGUUGGAGAUGAAAAAGAGUUGACUAUGUGGGAUGUGCUAGUAGAAAUGUUACUUGUAGCUCGGGGAAAAGUGACUUCUUUGGCAUCAGGAGAUAUUCAUACAUGUAAGUUUUCAUGGAUAUCCAGCCAUGUACUUGAACAAGCUUGGAGAGAGAUGGCACAAACUCUUACGGAUGCCAACUUUGGUAAUGUGAAGGAACUACUGGAAGCAGAGCCUCCAAAAUGGUUAGCAGAUAGUGCUGCUUCUUCUUGUAUGCUUUGUGGUGUGAGAUUUCAUCCCAUUAUGUGCUCCCGGCAUCACUGCCGGUUUUGUGGAGGAAUAUUUUGUGGUGCAUGUUCCAAAGGGCGGAGCCUGUUGCCAUCAAAAUUCCGAGUUUCUGAUCCCCAAAGAGUUUGCGAUGUAUGCUGUGUCCGACUUGAAUCUGUGCAACCUUAUUUGAUGGAUCAUGUAAGCAAUGCUGCUCAGUUGCCAACUCAUGACCUGACAGAUCUGAGCACUUUGAGAUCAUGGGUUAAUUUUCCCUGGGGGCAGUCUAUGGAAUAUGAAAUUUACAAGGCAACUAACACUAUCAAGGCAUAUAAUCAGAUAGGUUUUCUAAAGCCUGAGAAGUCAAUUCCAGAUGUCAUUCUAAGACAAGCAAAAGGCCUUGCAAUUAUCACUGUGGCCAAAGUAGGAGUGAUGGUCACUUAUAAUAUUGGAACAGGGCUUGUGGUUGCACGUAGGGAAGAUGGUUCAUGGUCUCCUCCGUCUGCCGUUUCCACAUUUGGUGUCGGAUGGGGGGCUCAGGCUGGAGGAGAGUUAACAGACUUCAUUAUCGUUUUGAGAACAAACGAUGCUGUCAAGACAUUUAGUGGCAAUAUGCAUCUAUCACUUGGAGCUGGUUUGAGUGCUGCAAUAGGGGUUAUUGGUAGGUCAGCUGAAGCUGAUGUUCGAGCUGGUGAUGGUGGCUAUGCUGCUUGUUAUACCUACAGCUGCAGUAAAGGUGCAUUUGUUGGAUGCUCACUUGAAGGCAGCAUGGUGACUACUCGCACCCAAGAAAAUUCGCGUUUUUAUGGCAGCCAGUCUAUAGCUGCAACAGAUAUCCUUCUUGGCUCGCUGCCUAGGCCACCUGCUGCUGCCAUUCUCUACCGUGCACUUGCUGAUUUGUAUUCGAAGCUUGAUGGCUAAUUCAAUCAUUCAACGUGUUCCUUUCUCGUUUUGUACACUGGCAUCAAGGAAACGAACUAUUGCACCGUCCAUAAUUUGUACAGCUGCUACGUGUCAUUAUUUGUCUUGUAAAUAUAUAUGCAUGUAGAUAUUAUUUGCUCCACGUUGACCAAGAUGGGAAGUAUUGGUGACCUGCUUUAAGGUUAUUUUUAUUUGGCCACACAUUGGGCUAGAAAAGGAGGGUUUAUUCACAAUGUUAUUUAUCAUUAGGCAUUCCAAUAUAUAUUUAUCCACAUUUCUCGUUGGUUUACUUUUA